GCCAGACAGGGAGAGAGAUGGACACCGCCACGGCGGCUUCUUCUGGCGGGGCGAUUCCGCUAUCACCUUCGUUCCUCGGCGCAGAUGCAUCAUCGAUCGGUCUGGACUUUCACGGGGCCACUCGAAAGAGGAAGGUUUCAGACAUCGACUUGCCGUUCGUGCAGCCGCCGCCGUUGUCAGCGGAGAAUUCCGGGAACAGCGCAAGCAACAGCAACAACGGAACGCUCACGGCACGGGCAGAACCGGGCAGCUUCCGAAUCAAGAUACAGCGCUCAACUCCUCGGCAAGGCGGUGGACGCGUUCCAACUCCCCCGGCUGUGCCUUCAAACACCAUGUCAGGGUUCUCCUAUCCCGCCAUGCAGUUGAACUCGUUGCCGACCCUUAUGCCACAGCAAUAUCCUCCAGGGAUGCCCACGAUGCCCAACACAUAUAUGCCCAACCACCUCAUGGGAAUAAACCCCCACCCGAUGCACUUUCAAGGCCACAUGAUGCAGCCGAACCCUGCUACGUACGUGCCGACCUCGUUAGGCCUGCCACCACCUCCGCAAUCCCUCGCUCUGGCUCCCCAGGACUCCCUUCUCGGCAACGAAGGUCAAGACUUGGGACCACCGCCUCCCGCGCCACCACGCAUGGCCGUGGAACAUUCGCUCAUGGGUGGCGGCAUCGAAGUGCAGCCUGUCCGAGCUGUGGACACACGCAACUUCGACUGGAAUCGACGGGCGGCGGCAGCAGCAGCAGCCGCCGCGUCUUCUGCCAACGUCAUCUCCGAAGACGACGAACAAGAUGAGCCGUCAGGUCGACCGCGGUCUGAAAGCCUGCCAAACAUAAGUCUCGGGUUCUUGGACGGGCUCACGCUGCAUAGCGAAUCGUCGUUUUUUAAAGAAAUAUAAUCGUAAAAAUCUAAAAUGACAUGUUGAACUUA